AUGCCUCUGUCCGAUUUCCAGAUACCCGAUUCCGUUGAGGGCCUGAAGGCAGCCCUUAGCAACGUCGAUGAAGACAUAUAUAGCACUGAAGACAGGGAACGCGAACAAGCCCGCUUAGCAGAUGAUGAUCUACGGUUGCUGGGCGCGAAACGUCUUGCCAUACGCAUACUCUUGUUGUCGAAGAGAGACCAGCAGUGUCGAGAAGUUAUACAAGAGCUACCAAAUGCGGUCUUGGAGAAACUACCACGUGAGCUCCGGGACAUGAUCUACACGGAGCUGUACCGCGGAAGCCAGGACGAACCGUACGAGAUUGUCGAAAACAACUCUAAGCACCCAUACGACCCCUUGUACGAGUUUGCGCCUAUGAUCGAAGCAUAUGAGCCGCCAUAUUGGAUGCUGGAACGUGAGGUCGGCCCCGAGUUCGCGCGCGAAGCUGUGGAGAUUUGGUACAAGUGCGCAGAUCUUUUGGUCGACAUAAAGCUGCUACAACCACUAUUGCAAGACGACGAUGGCGUCUUGUAUGAUAGCUGGUCGCCUUCGGUCCGGACAUGCGAUUUCCUUAGGAAGCUGGACAUCGCCAUCGGCCCCGCGUCACCACCGUUGCACACAGGAGAAAGUAGGCCAUCAAGUCGAGCAGUACACAUCCGACAGAUAUGUCGGUCACUCUCUACCUUGUUGGAAGAAUCAAGUGUUGCACGGAAGGAGGGGUUCAGGCUGCACAUUGCCUUUCAAUGGGAUAUGUCCGACGAUUGGUCCGACUACCUGAAAGCAGUCUGCCCAGUGGUUUAUCGUUUGAAGACCCAAGGCUUCGUGGUUUCAGGUCGCCAAAAUUAUGGAGAGUAUAUUCGACACAAGUGCUACGAAGCCGGCUGUUCGUGCGAGUCCUGGCGACUUGGAGACAUUGAGUGGUACAGUGGCGCUAUCGAUGAUUGGUUCGACUGCUCGGAGGAGGAGUGUAUGGAGAGGAUAGAAGAGGAGAGAAAAAGACACUGUAAUGAGUAA